UAAUGAAAUUAGAUCAGAAUACAGUUUGCUUAGUAACAGGAGGAGCUUCAGGUUUAGGAUUGGCUACAGUUUUAGCCUUUUUGGCAAAAGGAUGCAAAGUAGUCAUUGCAGAUUUCAAUUAAGUAAUAAUAUAUAUUAAUCCUUAUUUAGGAAGCUGGAGAUAAAAUUUUAUCAGAGUAGAACACUCCCAAUUUGAAAUUUUUUAAGACUGAUGUUUCAAAUGAAGAAAAUGUUAUCCAAUUGAUUAAAUAUACAGUAAGUGAAUUUGGUGGAAUUCACGUUGUUGUAAAUUCAGCUGGUGUCAUUUCUGCUGGAUACUUAGUCACACCUAAAGGAACUAUUCCAGUUGAUGAAAUGAUGAGAGUCUUGAAAAUCAAUGUUGUUGGAACUUUCAAUGUAUCAAAACAUGCAGCUGUAGAAAUGAUAAAAUAAGAACCUUAAGGAGAAUUCAAAGAGAGAGGUGUGAUAAUUAAUGUUGCUAGUCUUGCUGGCAUAGAAGGAUAAAAAGGUCAAACUGUUUAUUCUGCAAGCAAAGGAGCUGUAAUUGGAAUGACAUUACCUAUGGCAAGGGAUUUAGGAAAAUAUGGAAUCAGAGUUAUGACUUUGGCACCUGGAGUAAAAUGAUAUAACAUUAUUUUAAGGUUUUCUAAACUCCAAUGGGACAUAAUUUAUCAGAAAAAGUUUUAGGUCCUUUAAGAAAAUCAGCUGCUUUAGAACGAUUUGGUUAACCUUCUGAAUUUGCUGAAUCUGUUAUUGGAAUAUGUUAAUGCUCAUACUUAACUGGAGAAGUCAUUAGACUUGAUGGUGGAAGUAGAUUACCAAACUUUUGAGU